CAAAACACUACAAGCCAAGUGGUAUUUUAAAGAGCCCUUUAAAGUGUGCUAAGGAAGGAGUAUCAAUACAUUUCGAGGAAAAACUCGGUUGUCCGCUGUUGUUUGCCAAGUCCUCGCUUUCGGGGACUUGACUCAGCAGCCCCUCACGAUGCCACUGAACGAUGAACGUCCCACCUCCACGUCUACAGUGGCCAGCGAGGACCAGAGCAGUGACACAGAGUCGUCGGAAAGGUGCGACAGUUUGACCUCGUCUAGCGACGUGGACUGUUCCCGCCAGAGCUUCACCAGCGAUUCGUCCAGCAAACACAACUCUCCUUCAUGCAGCCCACCAAAAACCCUAACGCUUGAUGAGGUCAUGGCCUCGGCUCGGGACCUUUCUAAUCUGAGCCUGGCUCAUGAAAUUGUUGUCAACCGGAACUUCCACCUAGAGCCUCCGGAUCUACCUCAAAAUAGCCUGGAGAAGAAAGUCAAGGAUAUGGUGCACAAGGCCUUCUGGGACUGUCUUGAAUCCGAGCUGAACGAUGACCCUCCUGAGUACGAUUACGCCAUCAAACUUCUGGAAGAGAUCAGAGAUACCCUGCUGUCCUUCCUUAACCCCGGCGCCAAUCGCCUGCGUACUCAGAUUAUGGAGGUUCUGGACAUGGACCUGAUCCGCCAGCAAGCCGACAACAAUGCGGUUGAUAUCCAGGGCCUCGUGUCUUACAUCAUCAAUACUAUGGGCAAGUUCUGCGCGCCGGUCCGAGACGAUGAAAUCAAGAAGCUCAAGGAGAACUCAGGCAACUUAGUGACACUGUUCAAGGAAAUCUUCCGGGUGCUGGACCUGAUGAAAAUGGACAUGGUGAAUUUCACCAUCCAGAGCCUCAGGCCAGAGCUUCAGAGGCAGUCGGUAGAGUAUGAGAGAGCCAAAUUCCAGAGCAUUCUGGAAAGAACUCCCAGUGCUUUGGACCACACAACUGAGUGGAUCAAAUCUUCAAUAGAGGAGGCCACUCGAGUCAUGCCACCAGCAGACAAGACCAGCGAUUCUGGGCAGACCAGCAAACCUUUACCAGGCCCCACACUGGUGCUAAAUACAGCCUACAUCAGACUGCUCACCUGGGACGAGAGCAUGGGCCCAUUGCCUGAGACCUUGAUGACGGAUGAAGUGAGGUUGCAGGAGAUGCAGCGGUCUCUUCAGCUGUAUCAAGCGGUCGCGUCUGUUCUGCUAAUAGUCUACAGCUCAAUAGGAGGGGCCGUGUCAGGCCUGCCCGCUCUUGUCGAGCGGCUUAAGAAAAUGACAGCGGUGCUGCUAGAGGGCAUGCACAGCAAAGACUUUAAUCUCACUGAAACUCUUGGAAACGUCAGUGCUCAGAUCUGCUGUGAGGUCAACAAGUCUUUGGCUGAAAGAAACUUCCCAGCUCUGCCGGCUGAACUGCAGGAAACUUUAAAGGGCCAGAUCUGCGACAUUACCCAGGAAAACAACCCAAUACGUACUCUUGUUGAGGGAAGGGUACAGCAGUACUUUAGGGUGGUCCUCGCCUCUACCAACUCUCACAGGACACCCCCUCCCGUACCGCCAGGUUUGGGUCUGAUUCAGCCAGAGCUCAUGGGGCUCGGGGUCAAUUUUGUCAAUCUCGUCAACUUCAACAAAAAGGUUUACGGUCCUUUCUACGUGAGCAUCCUGAAGAACCUACUUUUCAUCGACAUGCAAGCGCCAACUCCGCAGAACGGGAUCAUACAGGGGCCACCCGGCAGCCCGCUAGAGUCCAAAUAAACCAGGAUGCAUCAUUUACUUGAUUCGUUACCAUCACCAGACAUUUCACUCACGUGUUUCCAAGUGAAUUAUCUGAUGCUUGAUUCAAGGGAAUCACUGCAGUACGAAGACGACUGAAGAACAACAAGCUAUGGUGCUUAAAAGGGGAAAUUACGAAUUUGGGUGGGUGGGGGGUUGCUGUUUAUUAUGUUACAAAGAAAAUAUGUUCCUUGCCAAGUAAUAUUUUUAGCAUCUCUCUAACUGUGGACAGUGUUACUGCAAUGGAAAUGCAGUCAUUACAUACAGUAUAUUGACCAUGUUUAAGUGCAAGGCAGAAACUUUUCUAUAUUUACAUGUGUUGAAGACGUAGCCAAAAUAGGCUAAUAUAUUUGCAUAGAUCAUUUACAGACUUUUGAGAAUAUGAUAUAUCCGUUUAGAGAUACCCGUGUUGUUGUUUCCCAUGCCCACUUUCUAGAUCAUAAAAAAGUUUAUUGGAACAUCACAUUAUUUUGAAAGCAUUGUAUUAGAAUUAACUGUAUUUAUACUUGAAAAAAAAUGUCUGAAUUUCUUAUUUUGCAUAAUUUGAAAUGGAAGAAACUUGAAAGUAUAUAAAGAGGGAGAAUCACAAACUCCGGGAAGAUAAAAUUGAACAAUGUUAAAUUAAUUAGAUUUUUUUUUGGUCCUGGUAGUGUCAUUUUAUACAGACUGCAUGAUGAUUUGUUGUCUUUUUAUCCUUCACACAUCAACAUUUGGGUUAGUUUUGUAUGCUGUUUGUAUAUCAUUGUGCUUUGGUUACAGGCAUGUUUGUUUUAUGAAAAUUAAGGCGAAUGUCUUAUAUAAUUGCAUUGAGUUUUAUUGUAACUAUUACCAAACCGCAUAGAUCAAAACACUUGUUUUGUUGGUGAAUAUUUUUGCCGUUGUGACAAGAGAAUGAACGACAUUGUGUGUAAAGCCUUUGACAUGACAGACCUUCAAUUUAACAAUUUUUCAAUAUAUGUAUUGUUUGUUUUCGAGAUGUAAGAACCCAUGUAAAAACAAUAAAAUAUAUGUAG